UCUGCUGCCAGACAAGGUGAGUAAUCUUUUCUGUGAGCUAUGUCUCAUUUAGAAAUUGCCAUGGUUGAGUUUUAUUUACGUAAGCCAGUAUUUAUUUUACCGACUAAACUGCUCAAACUACGAAUGUAAGUGAAUGUUAGUGAAUAAAGUACAUUAAAAGAGGUUUGACUUCUUCAAAAAUGAAAAGGUGUUACAACAGGGGAUACUGCUGCAAAUAAUGUAGUUACAGUCAACAUCCUGUGCAGGCUACAUUUGUUUUGUGUUGUAAAUUGUAUUUAUGUUUAAAUUGUGAGAAAAUCUGUGAUAUGUUUGUAAUGAAAAACACAAAGAAUUCCUUACGGGGUUUGUCUUUAUGGAAAAGUACAGGUGAGGAACAAUGUUCACAGUACAUCACCAAGCACACUUCACCUUCACUUAUUGUUUGUCACUGAGAGGGGAAUCAUGAAUAUGAAAGAGUUAUAAAGAAGUAGAUUGCUGCAGUAAUGUUCUGAGAGUUUAUUGGCAUUUGAAUGCAUAACCCGCUAGUUAUCUAUGUCACAUCAGCUUAGAUGUAUGACUUUGUUUGCUUACAGUUCAUUUAUCUGCAUGUGGUAUGUACUGUAUGUGUGUACUCUGUGUACAGGAAUGGACUGAGUGAGCUGUAAAUUACGCAUUUUCAUGUCUUUGUGCUCAGUGAUUUUUCUGACAGACACAACAAAGGAUUAAAUGAGCUGUUGAACCCAGGAUGAUGGAGUGGAGGCAGUCGUUACAAGGACAACAUGAAGCUUUCACCUGGUUCACAAAGUCCCAGCUCCAGACUGUGAUCAGGAAUGGUGUAGUCCCUGAUUGGUUUCAUGGGAUAAUUUCCAGGAAGAUGGCAGAGGAACUGCUCAUGCCCAAGCCUCCUGGCUACUUCCUGAUCAGAGUCAGUGAGACCAGGAUUGGUUACACUCUCUCAUAUCGUGCUGACGAUCGCUGCAGACAUUUUAUGAUUGAUGUGUUGGAGGACGGCCAUUACAUCAUAGUAGGGGAGAACAGGCGUCACCGUUUUCUGCAGGACCUUGUUGACUUUCAUCGAAGAACUCCCAUCAUGCCUUUCUCGGAGUUGCUGACUGUCGCUUGUGGGCAGUCUUCAAAUGACAAGACGGACUAUGCAGAACUUCUGUUUCCCCAAAGACCUCCGAAACCUAACGCCAGUUUGAUACAUCACGACACUGUAGAACUCAGCAGGACCCCCCCAGUAUCACAAGAAGAGAUUAUCCCACCUGCUCUUCCUUAUCGACCAUACAACCUUAGCACCUCUGCAGUCCUGUCCCCCAGCAGCCAGCCAGACAGACUUUACCCAUGUUUAGAAGAAGAAUUUCCACAACCUGCUUCCACACUUCCACCCACGCCUGUGCCAUUUACCAGAAAGAGAUAUACAGCUGACAACCCUCCAUCCAACCAGCCUCCUGAAGUCCCUGCUCGGAGUUUUGUGCCUCCACUGAAGCAGAACCAAGCUUGUGUUAGGACAGUCUCUGCACCUGAGGGUCCCUCCACCCCCACAGCCCCUGAACACCCGCUCGGUGGCAACAUCCGGCCUGUAAAGAACCACGAAGUGAAGCCGUCGGUUGUCACCAACCUAAAGAACCUCAAGAAGAAAUUCCAAAAGAAGAGAAGCACAUCGCAGGAGCAUAUGUACAUGGAGAUUAAUGUGGAGACGACUGAAAGGAGCACUGAGAGUGAGUACCAGGAGAUCACGGAGGAGCAGAUCACUCACACUAAUGUAACGCUGUCUGAUGAAGCGUUACCUCUAGAAUACCUGCCACCUCCUCCUUUUGCCCCAGGCUACUAACACACAGCAGCUCCCUUUGAAAAUAGAUGACCUGCUCACUGGAUUGUGGAAUUGUCGCCUGAAACUAUGCUACACAACUGAGUCAAACCAAAGAAGUUGUACCACCCACCCAAACUCAGAGUGGGUACAAGCACUGGGCAUAAAAGAUGCAUACAAAGAAAAAGGAAAGGUAGUCUGGCCCUCUGGUUAUUGAAACCUCCCAAAAGUUUAAUAACAGUUUCACCCUUCAGUUUCUGUGUUCACGUUAGACGAUAAUGUCCUAGACUAUAUCUUGGCCGGAAGCAAUGAAGUCUGCGCUGGGUGCUUGCCAACUUUGUGGUAAUAACAAGACUCCAGGAAGUGACUGAUCCCAGCUAAGAAAGGGUCUGGCUUUAGAGGUGCUGAUAGGCAGAUUUUAUUACCUUUGGACGGAGCUUGUCACCCUGUUGCCAGUCUUUGUGCUAAACUAAGCUUAGCUAAGCUAAGCUAAGCGUCUGCUGGCUGUAGUUUCACAUUGACCAUACAGACAUGAUUGAGGUAUUUUUAUCAAAGCAAGAAAGCAAAAAGGUGUAUUUCCCAAAAUAUAAAACUGUUCCUUUAAACUUUUGUGAGCUUGCAAUAUACAGUGUGCACAGCUGCUGAUGCUUGAAUGUUGUUGAAUGUGCAUAUUUUUUGCAAAGCAUAUAGUUAGAUUAAGAAUUAUAAAAUAGACAAAUUGCUGUUCAUAUGUGACAGUGAUUAGUGCCACUGACUUGAACGCUUUAUCUUUUAUUUAUUUGUUCAUUUUUUCAGCCUGGACAAAACAGUGUUAAAACUGGUCAAAACACUGUUACAUAAGAAGAUGAAGGCUUUUAGCUGGAGCUAAUUUGCUGCCCCUUCAUCAGUUAGGCUUUUAAAUUCAUGUUAAAUGUUUGUACAUGUGUCUGUUGUAAUGUAGGAAGAUAUGAGAAGGCUGGAAGAGGAAGUUUUAGGCAACAUAUGUAAAUCAGAAAUGACACAGUUAAAGCCAGGUGCUUUGAAUACAGGAGAAGUAUACUGUAGCAUCAGAUGCAGAUCUGUUAUCAGCCACAUGACAGGAAAGCUGGAAGAGAGAGAAAAUGCAGAUACUGGUCAAACUUGUUUGACAAGAAAAAACCUGCAGGAUGGUCAAAUUCACUUUUUCACAGCUUCUGGACAUAGAGGGGGUAAUGAUUUCAUAAUUGCUGAAAAUGACCUUUUCAUACUUUUGUCAUGUACUUAUAAUAGCUAGAGAUGAGAAUUUUGAAAUAUGUAGACAAUGUGAUGGCUACAGUAUUUCACAUUUAUGUCUAUGACUACAUGAAAUAUCUAUACAAAGCAUGUAAUGUUGUAUUAUGACUGAGCCAAUAAAG